AUGAGUGCUUACACAUCCGAGGAUUUAGUAUCAACCAUAUCUUCAAAUGUUACACAAAUAACACCUACGGCAACCUCUGCAGACGAGCGCGCCGCACUUACUACACCAUACAUUCCACCAAGUAAUUGUACGCCCAACUGGAAGAAGACGAGCUUGAUAUGGACUCAGGAUGGCACCUUCACAUAUCCCGUUCUGGUAUCAGCACCUCCAGCUUCGUGCUACCCCUCUGGCUGGGAGAUCAGUGAAGCUCAGUCUCUAUUCACCUUUAGCCCGGCUCUGUCUCAACAGCAUACUGCUGCGAAAGGUUCCGCCUCCAAGCACCUUGCGCCCCCGCUAGAAAGUAGACUAAUCAGAUCAUUUAGCGGAUUCACCUUUGAUCCCUAUGAUCGAGGUGGCUACGUUGCCAAUGACUUCUUUACUAGGGGCUGUGGACGAUGGGUACAGACAAUAUCAGACAUAUCCCAACGCGAUGGCACAACGACUACAACACUGUCAGCCUCAUCCAAUUACCAAGAUGCUAGCGCAAUGGAUGACACUUUCAUGGUUCAUCAAGCCUGGGAAAUAUCCUGGGGCUCAUCUGAGAGGUCUGAUCUCACGCCAAUGCCUCUCACCCGCCCGACUGAAAGUUUUGAUCAGAGCCAGGGGUACAUCAGUACCUCGGCCGUGUGGUUUCUCAUGGUCGGGUUGCCCAUUAUUGUGUUUCUAAUGAUUGUCGGUUGCUGCUGGGUGUGUAUCAGGCGUCGGAUAAGGGAAAGGAGAGUCAGGCGUGCAAUGAGAGACUCAUCCUUGCCUCAAACUGGUGAAGGACGCUCGUCUCUGACACUAAUCUCAUAA